AUGUCGAACUGCGAAAUCGUCGACCUGCCCGUCCUGGAGAUGGGCCCGCACCAGGUCAGAGAAUCGCUGAGGUGUAUCCUGCACAGCGUGCUGCUGAGCCGGGCGCUGGGGGUGGUGCGGCCGGAGGAGACGGACAGCGAGGUGUUGCAGCUGUCCUACGUGCGCUGCGGGGACCCCGAGAUACACAAGGCCGUCGAGAAGACCGUAGCACAGCUAGAGGAGUGGCUCGGCCGGCAGCCGGAAGGGGGCCUGCACACGGCGCAGCUCAACUUCUUCGAGCCCCGCGUCCGGAAGGACUCCGGCCGUUCGCAGCAGCAGGCCCAGCCGCGCUCGGAGCAGGACCAGGCCGCUACGCCGUCACCCGCGAGCCGCAAAUCGUGGCUUUCUAGCGGGUCGUCCUGGCUGGGGUCCCUGACGCAAGCCGUGCCCAAGUCCAUCGCGUCGAGCAUGUCCGGCACGAUCUCCGAGCUCCGCGCGCUGUCGUCGUCCUCGUCGAAAGUCGUCUGGGAGCGAUGGCGCAUGCACCUGUGCGUGCUCCCGCCCCCCGUCGUCAACGCCGCCGGCAGCGGCCACCCGGUCUCGCGCAGCAACUCCGUGCACCUCACCGUCGGAGACGCCGAGGCGGAGGCCGCGCGCCGCCGCGACGCACUGACCGAGCGCCUGCUGGAGGCUAUGCGCGCCAUCGCUGCGCACUCGGGGGCGCGCCGGGACCACCUGCCGCCCGUGCUCGACGCUACAGCGACUGUGCCGUUCCGGUGGGAGCUCGUCUUGCCGCCGCAGGCGUCCGCGAUCCCGGGGUUGGACGCCGUCAAGCGCAUGCUGACGCACACCUCCCCCCCGCCCGUGGCGAUCUAG